UAUGAAUCAGCGUAUUUCUCGUUACGUAUGUAAGGUGUGGUACUGGUUUAUUUGCGCUUAGAUUAGAAGGUUAUCAAGUUCUAGAAAAAUUCUGUACAACUUAAUGAACCAUGAAUAUCACGUAUGAACCAAGGUUCACGUGUGCAGAAGAAAUUAGAUUCGUCAAGUUGAACAGCUUUGAUUUCAUCCAUUUUUGGAAUAAAAAGGGCGAAUUUUCGGAAGCCGAUAAAGCUCUUCUUUAUAAGGGUAUACGGAACCUAGAUAAUGAAUUAAUCAAACUUGUUGAGGCGAAGGAGGAAGACAACACGAAAAUUUAUAAAGUGUAUUUAAAAAUUGGACAUAUUAGUUUGCUAGCAAAAGAUUUUUCUAGAGCGUUAUCAGCUUAUCAGAAAGCUUAUAAUCUAAACAGAGAUGGAUUUUGGAAAGAACCAGCUUCAUAUUUUGGUCUCGGAAUGGUUUAUUUCCAUUUUAAAGCAUUUGAAAUUGCCGGUGAAGCAUUUAAUCGCGUUCUUUACUCACAUCCAAAUCACGAAUUUACGGUUGAAAUAUAUUCCAGAUUGGGAUUUAUUUGCAAGAAUUUGGAGUUUUUCGAACUUGCCAUUAAGCACUUCACAGCAGCAUUGAACGACAGCCGUGAAAGCACAUUCCUGACGAAGGUUGAAUUGCGUUUUAACAUAGCUCACUGCUACGACAUCGCUGGUGACCUUGAUCGGGCAGCCAUCGAGUAUCGAACAAUCUUAACUGACCAUUCCGUUCAACUGACGAGCAGUUUACAAGCGCAGAUCCUAAGACAACUUGGUUGGUUGUGCUACCGCGAAGAGUGUCCGCCGGCACAGAGACCUCAAAAGAUUUUCGAGGCAGAAAAUUAUCUAAUUCAAAGCAAAGAACUCGAACCCAAUUGUGGGAAAACAUAUUAUUAUUUAGGACGUUGCUACGGUGAGCUACAAGAUAGAGCACACGACGCAUUUGUUUAUUACAGGCAUUCAAUUGAUAAAUCAGAAGCAGAUGCGGAUACGUGGUGCAGUAUUGGUGUUUUAUAUCAGCAACAAAGUCAGCCAAUGGAUGCAUUGCAGGCAUUUAUAUGCGCAGUUCAAUCAGAUCGUGAACAUAGUGCAGCUUGGACAGAUUUAGGACGAUUGUACGAAGUUAAUUGUCAAUUUUCGGACGCACUCCAUUGCUUUAAGAAAGCACUGAAGUGUCAACCAGCAGCACCGGAAGCUUUGAAAGCAAGAAUACGUGUCCUUGAAAAGGAGCUGCAUCCAUCAUCAUUACUUAUUGGGAAUUUACGAUCUCUGCCACCCAGCGAAUUACCUGGUCUUAACGAAGCUUGGAGGCUUUCUAUUCCUGCGGAACUGAGUCAGAGACAGGAAGAAUUCUUGAAACAAAAGCAGCAGCGUUAUCGUGACGGUAGUCCGCUACUUUCUGCUACACUAACAUUACCACAGAAUACAAACGAAUCAGUGGAAGUGCAAAUUCAACUGAUGAAUAUUUUACGCGCAAAUAAAGCGGAAAUUACUGAACGCGAAAAUAUUUUAUUGGAGACACUGGAAAGUAAAUACGGAAAGAUUAAUAAAAAUGGUAUCGAGCAAUCGAUAGAAGCACAUGUUGAACAAGAUUUUGUGAAUGGUGGUAUCAAAAAGGAAAUACCAGCAGAUGGUGAUGCUGUAGCUUCUACUUCAUUAGAAAUUCAUUUGACUGAAAAAGGAACCAACAGUGACGAUAAAGAUAUUACGAAAGAACAAGAAGAAGCCGAAAAACUUCGGGCAGCAAGUGCAAAAUAUGGUGGUAGUGGUGGUAGUGCUUCAGCAGAUGCCGGUAAUGGUUCGUUGAAACGCCGGCGUGCUACUGUACCUGAGGAAUCUCAAAUGCCGAUGAAGCUGAUCAAAUUUGGAACAAAUGUUGAUCUUUCGGAUGAAGUGAAGUUCAAAGUGCAGUUAUCGGAACUUAAUAAGAUGCCGUCUUUUGCACGGUUAGUUGCCGCAUGUAAUAUGUUAACACAUCUUGGACAUACUGUUUAUGGUAUGAAUACCGUUCAACUGUAUAUGAAGGUACCAGGUGCACGUACUCCAGGACAUGUUGAAAAUAAUUGUUUGGCAUCGGUGAAUGUAAACAUUGGUCCAGGUGAUUGUGAAUGGUUUUGCGUUCCAUACGAAUAUUGGGCGGUAGUCAAUGAAAUGGUUGAAAAGCGUAAAAUCAACUUUCUGAAAGGAUCAUGGUGGCCAGAUAUUGAUGAGUUAUUGGAGGCAAAUAUCCCUGUGUAUCGGUUUACUCAGAAAGCAGGUGAUGUGGUUUGGGUAGGUAGUGGAUGCAUUCAUUGGGUACACAGUACUGGAUGGUGUAAUAAUGUGGCAUGGAAUGUUGGACCACCCACACCAACCCAAUAUGAAAUGGCGGUUCAUUGCCAUGAAUGGAACAAACUUAAUGGUUACAAAUCAUUAGUACCAAUGCAGCAUUUAACUUGGCAAUUGGCACGGAAUAUACGUUUUUCAAAUCAAAAAAUGUUUACAUUGAUCAAACAAACGCUUAUACGAUCACUGUCUUACAGUAAGAUGAUCGCUGAUAUGUUGAGUAUUUACGAUAAGCCAAUUCGGAUGCAUCCAAGGCAAAAAGGAGAAGUAUCACAUUACUGUUCUACUUGUGAGAUUGAAGUUUGGAACAUUUUGUUUGUUCGCGAAGUAAAUGGCAAAUUCCCCGUCUACUGCGUUCAGUGUGCUCGAAAAGCAGAUCUCUCAAAUUUCACUGUCCUUCAACAGUACACAUUCGAUGAUCUUUCUAGCGUUUUUGAUCAAUUUCGUCUUUACCCGGUAAAUUGA